UGUCGCGCUGCAAACCCCAAUGGAGGUGCGAUCAGUCUAGGGAAGGUUCUCGUCCCGAAAUCGCACCUAUUCCUUCUCUCCAGAGAUGCUGCCUGUCCCGCCGAGUUAUUCCAGCGUUUAGUAUCUGUCUUCAGUGUGAUCCCAGCAGGCCGACCUCGCUUCUUCACGUAAAGAAAGUGAGCGUUAAAGUAUGGAGUCCAAUUUGAAAUACAUUUCGCUAGGAAUUUUAGUAUUUCAGACGACCAGUCUCGUUUUAACCAUGCGUUACUCACGUACUUUCAAAGAAGAAGGACCCCGUUAUCUGGCAUCAACUGCAGUUGUCAUUGCUGAGAUGAUGAAGAUUGUAGCAUGUCUACUAUUAGUUUAUAAGGAUUCUAGUUAUAGUCUUAAGGAAUUAAAUAGAGUAUUACAAGAUGAAAUUAUUAACAAACCAAUGGAGACAUUAAAACUUGCCAUUCCUUCUGGAAUCUACACCCUUCAGAACAACCUCCUUUAUGUAGCAUUAUCUAAUUUAGAUGCAGCAACGUAUCAGGUUACUUACCAGCUUAAGGUGCUCACAACAGCUUUGUUUUCUGUGACUAUGCUUGGAAAAAACCUUGGUGUUUAUCAAUGGCUCUCCCUCUUGACGUUAAUGGCCGGAGUUGCACUUGUACAGUGGCCAACGGACACGCCAGAGGAUCCGAAAAAAGAGAUAUCUGCAGGUUCUCAAUUUAUAGGCUUGAUAGCGGUGCUCAGUGCUUGUUUUUCCAGUGGGUUUGCAGGAGUUUACUUUGAGAAAAUCUUGAAAGGGACAAAACAAUCAGUUUGGAUUAGAAACAUUCAAUUAGGUUUGUUUGGAAGCGUUUUUGGAAUGAUGGGUGUAUAUGUAUAUGAUGGGCAGCGAGUAGCAGAUCACGGAGUUUUCCAAGGCUACAACAAAUUCACUUGGAUCGUUGUUAUUCUGCAGGCUCUUGGUGGUCUAGUAAUUGCAGCGGUCAUCAAAUAUGCAGACAACAUCUUGAAAGGAUUUGCGACAUCGUUAUCCAUUAUUCUUUCAACGUUGAUAUCUUUCUUUUGGUUACAAGACUUUGUGCCCACCAGCGUCUUUUUCUUCGGGACCUUCUUGGUGAUAGUUGCAACGUUUCUGUAUGGAUAUGAACCCAAGGACACCACAGAUCUAAGCAGAGCAUGAUACAGAGACAGCAGAAAGCUUCAUUUGCGUGUAUAAAACUUGCUCAAGUGUCUAUAAACGCUAGCACUUGAAGCACUUAACUAUCCUACAUGUGUUUUCGGAGUUGGCAUGAAGUCAAUUGCUGGCCAUUAUAACUAAAUGGACAAAAGUGGGAAAUAAUGAAUGAGUAGAAUAAUGAAUGGCUCUUUCAACUUUUGAAAUAUCGAUGGUUAAAUACAAAGCAUUACAUAGUAAACACAUAAGUAGCUAAAGAGAUCACACUUGGACUCGGUGGCAGUAAUAAAUCUCUGAAAUGUGCAAUCAAGGUUAUUAAUUAGAGGUGUGCUGGUGAUUGGGGAUGUUUUUGACAAGCUGUUUUAAAGUAAAUUGAAGGCGAUUGUUUGAAUCAUUAUUUAAAAUAAGACAACUUUUAAAAAUAUAUGUACAUAUGGGAUAGGUGUCCAAUAAUCUGGCAUUCACGUAGCUACAGUAAUUUAGACUAAAACCUUUUAAAUAUCUACAAUUCCAUUAUAAAUUGGGUCAAGACAAUCCCAAGCAAGCUGAGUUUUCCUCUCAAUUAAAGCAACGUGGCCAUCUCUGCUGCUGAACAUAUUUAUGUUAUGGGAGAUUUAAAUGGACCAAACUACAAAAUCUAAUCCCAAAGGCAUUGUUUAAAAAUACCAGAAGUGGGAUGAUAAAUCAAAAUUGAUUUAUUUAAUCAUCAUAAGGUAUAUAAGUAUUGCAUUGUCUUAAAUUGUUUUAUGGUUGUGGAUAAAAUAAUUUAUUUUGUCUGUAUAAUGGUAUCUACCAGAAAAUGGUUAAUCUAUCUAAAUGUUGUGAAGGAGAAAAACAAUGUUGCAUCUUACCCUUAAAAUUUCAGUGAUCUUUUGCUAUGAAAUGACCAGUACUUCUUGAUUAAGUGUGAUGACAACUUUCAGUAGGCAAUGGCACCAACAAGUGCUCUUUGAUAUUAUAAAAAAAACUGGAAUCUUUAAACUAUAUACUUUACGUGGCAUUGAUUUUCUUCUUGGUAUUAGUUUGGUCUUGUGUUUUGUAUGUAAAAUUUAUUUAUCUAUUGCAAGGAUCAUAUUUGACUUUGAUUAAUGUAUUUUAAUAGGGGACGAAGAAUUGCACUAGGAUUUCAUUCAGAUACGUUGGAUUUCAGUAGGGAUAUUCGAGGACAACAAUCAUUUGGCCCUCAAAUCUUUGACCUGAAAUGUUAACUCUUUCCACAGAUGCCUCUUGACAUGUUGAUUUUUCUCCAGCAUUUUCUGUUUUUAAAUCAGAUUUCUAGCAUUUGCUUUUCAUUGUUUGUAGGUUGAAGAUUACGUGUAAAGGGAUUUUGUUGAAGUAAACAUUUCUGGAACACCCAGUGCCCCACCACCACCACAACUAAGACGUCAUUGUUCAAAUGUUAUUACAUAAUGCAAAUUAUAACAUUUAUCAGAAUUGUCUUAUCAAAUAUUGAGAUUUUUUUGGGUCUGGAAAGGAGAAAUGCUUUCAUUGCAAGCGGUUAAGAAAUUAAAUAUGGUGUUUCACAUAAUUAAUGUGAUGAGUAAAGAUGCGUAAAGCUAGAAAAAAAUUAUCGGAUUUAAAUUUAAUGCUUCUUGGUUAUGUUUCCAGAUUUUUCAAUGAAAUUUGUACUUUGUCAAUAAUUAAUACAGCGAUUACUUUAA